GCAGGGAGGCUGGUCGCUCUGGUCCCACUGGUCUCGCUGUUCGUCUGACUGUGACUCUGGCGUCCAGAUGAGGGAGAGGCUCUGCAGUUCACCGACGCCACAGCAUGGGGGCAGUAACUGCUCUGGGCCUCACAUACAAACAAAAGACUGCAACUCCCAUCCCUGUUCAGGUGUGUGUCCAGAGGGCAUGACCUACAUGACGGCAGCGGAGUGUGAGGCUCAGGGCGGGGCGUGUCCGAGGGUGUGCAUGGACAUGACCUCCGCAGACGUUCAGUGCGCCACCUCCUGUUACGACGGCUGCUACUGCGCCCCGGGGUUCUACCUGUUCAACAGCAGCUGUGUCCCUCAGGCGCAGUGCCCCUGUUACCACCAGGGGGAGAUGCACCCAGCAGGAGCCACCCUGCCUGCUGAUGCCUGUAACAACUGUACCUGCACUGAUGGAGAAAUGGAGUGUGGGUCUACUCCAUGCCCAGUGGACUGUGGUUGGAGCAGCUGGACGCAGUGGAGCGCCUGCACUCGGACGUGCGAUGUGGGUAUCAGACGGCGGUACCGCUCAGGAACCGAUCCUCCUCCAGCCUUCGGAGGUCGUCCCUGCAAAGGAGAGAGAGUCGGCGUCGAUACCUGCAGCGUCGAGCCCUGUCUGGGUAUCAGAGAACCGUGGAGCUUGUGGUCGGAGUGCUCUGUCACGUGCGGAGGAGGUUACCGGACCCGGACCCGCGGGCCAAUCAGGACCCACGGCACAGCCCAGCAGUUCAGCGCCUGUAACCUGCAGCCGUGUGGUGGGGGCAGGACUUGUCCUCCAGGCCAGCAGUGGACACAGUGUGUGGUGGGACCUGUGACCUGUACUGACCUCACUCUGAACCUGAGCAGGAACUGCACUCCAGGCUGCCAGUGUCCACAUGGGACUGUCCUGCAGGUCGGUAAGUGUGUUCUUCAGUCAGACUGUCCCUGUGAUGCCGGUAGAGAGCCAUCCAAACCUGGAGACACUCUGCCCAACAAAUGCAAGAACUGUACCUGUGAAAGAGGAAGGCUGGUAAACUGCUCUCGGGUCAGCUGCAACGUGGACGGCCAGUGGUCAUCAUGGACUCCCUGGAGUCGGUGCUCAGUGUCGUGUGGAGCGGGUCUCCAGUCUCGGUACCGGUUCUGCUCCAGUCCCCAGCGGUCAGGCAGUGGACUCCCGUGUCUUGGUCCUCACCGUGAGGAUCAAGUCUGCAUCGUCCCCCCGUGUGACCUUGACGGGGCCUGGAGUCGGUGGAGUGACUGGACCGACUGCUCCAAGUCGUGCGGUGGAGGGAUCCAGAGCCGGAGGAGACUCUGUGACUCGCCCAGUCCUGAGGGGGCCGGGAGCUACUGCGAGGGGCUGGGGACAGAAGUCAGGGCCUGUAACACCGACCACUGUCCAGUGCCGCCUUGCUCCAAGGUGCCAGGAACGGUUUUCAGCAGCUGUGGGCCGUCCUGCCCUCGGUCCUGUGACGACCUGUCACACUGUGAGUGGCAAUGUGAGCCGGGCUGCUACUGCACUGACGGGAAGGUCCUCUCAGCCAAUGGGACGGUCUGCCUAGCGAGGGAUGGCUGUCCCUGCUUGGACAUAAACACUGGGCGUCGUGUGGAGCCAGGAGAGUCCACUGAGGCCCCCGAUGGCUGCAACAACUGCACAUGUCAGGGUGGCAAGUUCAACUGCACCAGAGAGCCGUGUCCAGUGUCGGGUGGGUGGUGUGAGUGGUCAGAGUGGACCCCCUGCUCCAGAACCUGUGGGGCGGAGUCGGUGUCCCGCUACAGGAGCUGCAGCUGUCCUGAGCCUAAAGCUGGGGGAGACCCCUGUCCUGGAGAACAGGAAACGCACAACGGGAUCGGAGCGCAAAUACAGCGACAGCCCUGCCCUGUCGUCACGUUCUGCCCAAUUCACGGUUCCUGGAGUUCCUGGUCUGCCUGGUCAGAGUGCGAUGGGUGUGCCGGCUCGUCCGUUCGUACCAGACAGUGCAACAGUCCCCCUGCCAGGUUUGGUGGCCUCCCCUGUCUGGGCGAGAGCCGGCAGAGCCGCACAUGUCACGACAACACCACUGUCUGCCCAGACUGCGGUGGUGGUCAGGAGGAAUGGCCGUGUGGGAAGCCUUGCGCUCGCUCCUGUUCAGAUCUCCACGGCGACACGGACUGCUUGGACUCCCCCCGGUGCAUCCGGACCUGUGGUUGUCCAGGCGACAUGCUGCUGCAGGACGAAGUGUGCGUGGCCAGACAGGAGUGCCGCUGCAAAUACCACAACGGCUCAGUUACCGAUGGUUUGGAUUCCAGGAACGCGUCAUGGGUGUGGCCUGGUGGAUAUGACUGGCAGUUUGCAAAUCCAGGGGAUGUCAUCAUCAGUGACUGCAAAAACUGCUCGUGUGAGGGUGGCGUUUUGCAGUGCCGGUCUGUUCCCGGUUGCCAUGUGGAUGGUGGCUGGGGCCAAUGGGGAGCCUGGACCGAGUGCUCUGUUCCUUGUGGCGGAGGCGUGACGUUCAGGAGGCGUCUGUGCGACAACCCGGCCCCUCAGGCCGGUGGCAGAGGCUGCCUGGGUACAGCGGAGCAGAAGAAGGACUGCAACAUGCAAAUGUGCACAGAUUCGGUGGGCCCUUGGCUGCUCUGGUCUCAGUGGUCUUCUUGCUCGGUGAGCUGCGGCGGAGGGCAGCAGUCCCGUUCUCGUACCUGCACCUCUCCCCCUUGCCACGGCGUCAGUCGCCAAAGCAAAAUGUGCAACACACAAGUCUGCCUUGAUGUGGGGUGCCCCCCCGGUAAGCUGUACAGGGAGUGUGAGCGUGGAGAGGGCUGUCCCUUCAGCUGCGCUCAGGUCAGUGGCAGAGAGGGCUGCUACUCUGACAGCUGUGACGAAGGCUGCCACUGCCCCCCGCACACCUACCAGCACCGUGGAACGUGUACGCCGGAGUGUCCGUGUCUGGUGGAUGGAGAGUUCCUGGCCCGCCUGCAGAGCGUGUCUGUCACACCCGUAUCAUCUCUGCUCUCCAACAACAUCUCAGAAGGGAUGGAGCUCAUGUCUGGAGAUGAACUUACGCACGACUGCAGCACCUGCGGCUGUGAGCAUGGCAUGUGGAACUGUUCGCUGGAGCUCUGCCCCAUCGACGGUGGGUUGACAGCCUGGGGCCCCUGGAGCCCCUGCUCGCUCUCCUGUGGAGGUCUGGGAGUGAAGGUUCGCUCCAGGACCUGCACAGAGCCGGCCCCGGCCCACGGUGGGAGAGACUGUCAGGGGCCCCGCCAGGAGACCACCUACUGCCAGGCCCCUGACUGUCCAGCUACUGUUGUUCCAACAGUGGAGCCAACUAUUCCAGAGGAUGACUCCGGCUUCUCUUCGUGGUCGCUGUGGAGCUCCUGCACCAAAACCUGCACCGACGUUCAGAGCCCUGCUGUAAAGUCUCGUCAUCGACUGUGUGCCAAACCUCCCUGCUCUGGAAGCGCUCACCAGGAGAAGGCGUGCAACCUGCCCCAGUGUCCAGGUGAGGUGUGUGUAGGAGCCACCUGCCCUCCAAAGAACUGCUCCUGGACGGAGUGGGGGACGUGGGGGUCCUGCUCUCGGUCCUGUGGGGUGGGUCACCAGCAGAGGAUCCGAACCUUCCUCCAGCCUGCCGGUAACGGUUCCUGGUGUGAGGACAUUGUUGGAGGGAAUCUGGAGCAUCGCUUCUGUAACAUCCGUCCCUGCAGAGUGGACGGAGGCUGGUCCAGGUGGAGUCCCUGGUCCCGCUGCGACCAGCGCUGUGGCGGCGGCCGCUCCAUCCGCACCCGCGCCUGCUCCAGCCCCCCGCCCAAGAACGGGGGCAGGAAGUGCCUGGGGGAGAAGAACCAGGUCAAGCCGUGCAACACCAAACCUUGUGAUGAUGGAGGCUGUCCGACUGGCCAGGAGUUUGUGUCGUGUGCCAACCAGUGUCCUCAGCGCUGCUCAGAUCUCCAGCAGGGCAUCGAGUGCCAGGGCAGCACCGAAUGUCAGCCCGGCUGCCGCUGCCCUCAAGGUCGGUUGCAGCAGGACGGUGUGUGUGUGGAACUGUGGCAGUGCGACUGCAUGGACUCGCUGGGCGACGUGUGGGUGGCCGGCAGCUGGCACCGGGUGGACUGCAACAACUGCAGCUGCUCUGACGGUCGGCUGCUCUGCACCAAUCACAGCUGCCUGCCCGCCUGCGCGUGGAGCUCAUGGUCCAGCUGGGCAGCCUGCAGCACUUCCUGUGGGCGGGGCCAGAGAACCAGAUACAGAUCCCGGGUCCCAGAGACCGAAGGAGCAGACUGCAACUUUGAGGAGGUUCAGCACAAACCGUGCAACCCUGGACCCUGCCCCCCUCUCUGCCUUCAUGGUAAACAGGAACUCAGAGUGGGAGACACCUGGCUGCAGGGAGAGUGUCAGCAAUGCAUUUGUACCCCAGAGGGAAUCUACUGCCAAGACAUCGACUGCAGAGUUGACGGUGCCUGGACGCCCUGGUCAGUGUGGUCUGACUGCUCAGUGACCUGCAGCCAGGGGACGCAGGUCCGAACCCGAGCCUGCAUCAACCCCCCACCACGAAACAACGGCUCGCUCUGCAGCGGAGCGGCCAGAGAAACGCAGCACUGCCAGACGCCUCCAUGUGUGGAUGACCUUUGCCCAUGGUCGCCAUGGUCACCGUGCUCCCGGAGCUGCGGCGCCGGGUCAGUGUCUCGACGCAGGGCGUGUGUGUGUGAGGAGGGAGGGGAUGCGGCGUGCCCCCCUGAAGCCGAGGCCGUGAGGAACAGAGAGGAGACCCAGCUGUGUUACCACCGACCGUGUCCCGAAUGUCCCAUGUCCGCGUGGAGCGUUUGGUCUCGCUGCUCGUGCGAGUCUCAGAGGCAGCAGCGAUAUCGCGUAGCGCUCACCUCAGCCACCGGAGGGCAGCAGUGCACUCCUGUAGAAACCCAGAGCCAGGUGUGCGGCCUCAGUCAGUGUGACGGCUGUGAAGCUCCGUUUGUUUACUCGGCAUGCGGAGCGCCUUGUGAGAAGCAGUGUGCUCUGAUGGGCAGAGAAGAUCUUUGUCUGGGGGUCAGGGAGUGCACACCUGGCUGCUACUGCCCUCAGGGCCUGCUGCAGCAGAACGGCAGCUGUGUUCCUCUGCAGCAGUGUGGCUGCAUGUACCCGGGGCCCCAGGUUUCAGAGGAGCCUCCCACACCCAUCGUUGUCCCUCAGGGGGCCACGGUCACUAUAGGCUGCAGCACCUGCCUGUGCCAUGAUGGGACUUUACAUUGUGACAUGAGAGAGUGUGAAGUGAUCCUCAGUGAGUGGUCCCAGUGGACCCCCUGCUCUCCCUGCGCGCCCCUGGCCUCCCAGCAGCUCGCUCCGUCCCUGGAGGCGCUCGUCAACGGCACCAACCUGGCCUCCGUCCAGAGACGUUUCCGGGCCUGCCUGGACAUCGAUUCGGGUCUCCCUGUUAAGAGAGAGGAGGAGAGCCGAUGUCCAGGGCCGCUGGUGGAGGACAGGCUCUGUCCAGAUGCCGCCGUCUGCAGAGAUCUGUGCCACUGGAGUGUGUGGAGUGUUUGGACAGCGUGCGCACAGCCGUGCAGUGGCGGAGUCAGGCAGCGCUACAGGCGGCCCCUGGCCUCCUCGGCGGGGCCCCGCUGCAGGAGCCAGCAGACGCAGAGCCAGAGCUGCAACACUGGACUCUGUCCAGGUGAGCGCUGUGAGGACAGGCAGCGGAUCUACCAGGACAGCUGUGCCAACCGGUGUCCUCGCAGCUGUGCAGACUUAUGGGAGCAUGUGCAGUGUCUGCAAGGAAGCUGCCACUCAGGCUGUCGAUGUCCUGAUGGCCAGUUGCUGCAGGACGGCCGCUGUGUCCCGGUGAGCCAGUGUCGCUGUGGAAUCCCAUCAGGCAAUGGGACAGCAGAGUUCAGCCCUAAAGAGGAGCUCACUAUCGAAUGUAACACUUGUGUGUGUGAGAACGGCACUCUGGCGUGCACCACGAUUCCCUGUCCAGUUUAUGAACCUUGGAGCCUGUGGAGCUCCUGCUCAGUGUCCUGUGGACCCGGACAGAGAACCAGGACACGGAGCUGCCAGGACACACAGGGCGGUCCCCCCUGUGCUGCCACCACACAGACUGAGAGCUGCGAUCUGCCGUCCUGUCCAGAGGGUUGUUUGUUAAGUGAGUGGUCAUCCUGGAGCGAAUGCAGCAGCACAUGUGGGGGAGGGGUGUCAACACGGAACAAGACCAUCCUUCAAGAAGUAGAGCCUGGUGGGUCGGCGUGUGUUGGACCACUCAAACAGCAGACCAUCUGUAACACCAACAGCUGCUUACCUGAGUGUCCCGGCAGGCAGGUUCACAGCAACUGUUCAGCUUCUUGUCCUUUCACAUGUGAGGACCUGUGGCCACACACCCAGUGUUUACCUGUACCCUGUACCUCCGGCUGUUCUUGUCCUCCUGGACAGGUGUUGUAUGAGGGCUCCUGUGUGCCUCACGCAGACUGUCCCUGUUCGUCACUCUCUUUGCCACCUGAAUACCAAAGCUGGAACACGAGCGGCGAAGGCUUUACGGAGGUUCUGCUGCAGCCUGGAACAGUUAUUCAGCACCGCUGCAACACAUGCGUUUGUCGAAGCGGAGCGUUCAGCUGCACCUCAGAGAGCUGCGACGUGGCCUGCCAGUGGUCCAGCUGGUCGCCAUGGAGUCCAUGCUCGGCCAGCUGUGGUACCGGCCAGCAAAGCUCCACCAGACGGGUUCUGCAGCCCAGCCUGUACGGCGGAGCCCCGUGUGACGGACUGAACAUCAGGAGUACGACCUGCGUAGCUCCUGACUGUGCGUGUCCCAGCGGGGAGCGGUGGAGGCGGAGCCAGCCGGAAGAGGAGGAGGCCCCACCGUGUGAGAGGAGCUGCGGGGACAUUUACUCCGCUCCCCCCGCCAGCUGCAGCCGCUCGGCCGGGGGCUGCGUGUGUCUGGAGGGGCUGUACCGAAACCCGGUGGGCGCCUGCGUCAUCCCUGCCCUCUGCCCCUGCCACGACCAGGGAGUCCUGCGAGAGGCGGGAUCGGAGUGGGAAGAGGGCUGUCUUUCAUGCAGCUGUGUGAACGGGAGGACGCUGUGCCAGGCGAAGUGUCCUCCACUUUACUGCGAAGAGGGGGAAGUGAAAGUGGAGGAACCAGGCAGCUGCUGUCCAGUCUGCAGGAAACAGUUCACAGGUGAGCCUGGGGCGGAGUGCAGGCGCUACGUCGAGGUCCGGAACAUCACCAAGGGAGACUGUCGACUUGACAACGUGGAGGUCAGCUUCUGCAGGGGACGCUGUCUGUCCUGGACUGAUGUCAUCAUGGAGGAGCCCCACCUCCGCUCAGAGUGCGAGUGCUGCAGCUACAAGCUGGACCUGGUGAAACCGGUCCGCUUCCUCAACCUGCAUUGCGUGAGCGGAGAAAGUGAGCAGGUCUUCCUACCAGUCAUUACCAGCUGCGAGUGCACCAGCUGCCACGGAGGCGACGUGUCCAAACGCUGAGCUGAGUUUGUGGCUCGAGUGUGUGUGCGUGUGUGUGUGUGGAUGAGUGUGUGUCAGGUAGAGUGGGAACAGUCUGAACCCCACGCUGAGUGAAGCAGCAUUCUGACAGCCAGCUCUGUGAUAAAUGGAUGUUUCCUGGAUGAGCAGAUGGAUGGACAGACGAGUGAAAGCGGCUCUUGAAGGACACACUGCGCCACGUAGUUUCAAGUUCUGCAGCUUCUUCUUCCUGUACAGUCUUUUUCUACUGAGUGUUUAUAGUUUGAUCCAAGUAUAACCUGUUUACGCAUUAAGAGAUGUUUCAUGAGUAUCUUAUGUCUGCUGCCAGUAUUCUUGUUUCCAACUGUUGAGUUUAUCAAUAAAAAAUGCUUAUUCUGGAAGU